UUCGACCGUCUCGUCUCGGCCCAUCACGGCUUAAGCAAAAUUUUGGGCGUGACAUAUGGCUAUGAUUAAUUUCAGUACUUUGUUACAUAUUCUAUCCGAGUAAGGUACACACUUUGUUACAUAGUGAAUUGGAACCAAUCUCAACUGAUUCUUAAACCUUUCAUAUGUCAAGCUCACUCCUUAGACGGAUCCUCCUCCCGACCCGGAAACCCAAACCCGACUCGACCCAUUCAAUCGCUUCUGCUUCCCUCACCACCGUCUCUUCUCCACCGCCCGAUCACUCAAACCCUACACCAUCAGAUCCUCUGAUCUCCGACGCCGUCUCAAUCCUAACCCACCACCGCUCCAAAUCCCGAUGGUCCACUCUCCGAUCUCUCAACCCUUCCGGCUUCACUCCUUCCCAAUUCUCCGAAAUUACUCUCCGCCUCCGCAACAACCCUCACCUCUCCCUCCGCUUCUUCCUCUUCACUCGCCGCCACUCUCUCUGCCCUCACGACAUCGGUUCCUGCUCAACUCUCAUCCACAUCCUCGCUCGGUCUCGUCUCAAAACCGACGCUCGCGACGUAAUCCGCCUCGCUCUCCGUCUCGCCGGCGGCGACGAAGAAGAAGAUCGCGUCUCGAGAGUGUUCCGUUCGCUGAUUAAGAGCUACAAUCGAUGUGGGUCUGCGCCGUUUGUCUUCGAUCUGCUGAUAAAAUCGUGUCUUGACUCGAAAGAGAUCGAUGGAGCUGUGAUGGUUAUGAGGAAACUUAGGUCUAGAGGAAUCGAUUUGCAGAUUAGUACUUGUAACGCUUUGAUAUCAGAGGUUUCAAGGCGUAGAGAUGCUUCAAAAGGAUAUAAGCUGUAUAGAGAAGUGUUUGGUUUAGAUGGAGCUAAAGCUAAGGCUAAGAUUAAGCCAAAUGUGAACACUUUUAAUUCGAUGAUGGUGAGUUUCUACAGAGAAGGUGAAACAGAGAUGGUAGAGAGGAUUUGGAAAGAAAUGGAGGAGGAAUGUUCUCCGAAUGGUUAUAGCUACAGUGUUUUGAUGGAGGCGUAUUGCUCGCGAGGUAUGAUGAUGGAAGCAGAGAAAGUAUGGGAAGAGAUGAAUGUUCAUGAUGUUGUGGCUUAUAACACUAUGAUCGGUGGUCUUUGCAGUAACUUAGAGCUUACUAAAGCGAAGAAGCUUUUCGAUGGAAUGAGAACUAAGGGAAUAGAGUGUACUUCUCUAACCUAUGAUCAUCUCAUUAACGGGUAUUGUAAAGUUGGGGAUGUUGAUUCGGCUAUGGUUGUUUAUAAAGAGAUGAAAAGGAAGGGUUUUGAGGCAGAGGGUUUAACCAUUGAAGCAUUAGUGGUCAGGUUAUGUGAUAAUGACGAACACAGAGCUGUUGAAGCCGCGGAGAUUGUGAAAGAAGCGGUGAGAGAGUCCGAGUUUUGUCCUAGUCGGAAAUGUUAUGAGUUGUUGAUAAAGAGGUUGUGUGAAGAAUGGAAGAUGGAGAGAGCACUGAACAUCCAAGCUGAGAUGGUGGGGAGAGGGUUUAAGCCGUGUCAAGAGACGUAUAAAGCUUUUAUCGACGGGUAUGGAAAAGCAGGUGAUGAAGAAACAUCUUCAUUGUUAGCAAUAGAAUUGGCUGAAUCACUCAAGCUAAGAGCAGAAGAAGAAGAAAAAGAAAAAUAGAAUUUUGAGCUUUUAUGUAUUUGCAAAG